AUGUCGUUUAACUUCAUGUGCUUACCCGGCGAGCUCAGAAACAAGAUAUAUGAGCUGGUACUGGUUUAUCAAGAGCCCAUACGAGAGCUCUUGCCGGGGCUUCUCUUCACGAACAGGGCCAUCCGCCACGAAGCCAGCUCGAUCUUUUACAACCAGAAUCAGUUCCAUUUGCUGAACUUGUAUCCCGGCCAAGUUGCUUGCUUCCUCGACAAUAUGGGCAGCAAAAAUGCAGGUCUAAUCCAGCACAUCAUCAUUGAGUUCCCAGAAUUUGACAACUGGACUUCUGGCGCUCUCGUCCUCAAUGAUGACAGCGUCAAUCUGAUCAAUAAACUAAAGAGCAACUGCACCAGUCUGCGCACGAUCACGACGUCGCUAUACAACGCCGUUGGCUGGAAGAUGGCGGUGCAUGAACGAGAAGACGACUUCACCAUCAACACGAUGAAAUUUGUUGACGCUUACUGGGGGGGCAUUCCAUCUCUGGAAUCGAUAGUGCUCUACACGCGUAAUUGCGGUUCAGAUGAGCGCGUGAAGCGCGAACUUGGAGGCCUAGGACGGAAAGUGAUACUGAGAGAAGGAAAGAUAGCAUCAGGCUAUCGAGCCGAAGAGGCCCGAAAACGCCGCUUCGACAUGUUGGCUGCGUUGAUGCGCAGUGUGCCGUUUUAG